UGUUUUCCCGUAUUUUGCUAUUUUCGGGUUCUUUUCGAUUGUCACUUUGAUCCGGGAAUACAUGAUUUUUCCCAAGUCAAGUCCGACUGUUCAAAAGUGUUCAUCUUCAUAGCACUAACUGUGGUAUUCUUUAUCAUAAGAAUGGCGUAGUAACGUUAACAUUGAGCGAGUGAAGUCACUGAAGAGUGAAGUGAUACGUUUUGCAUUGAGGAGGCUGGAAAAGCCAUCGUUGAUUUCGUAGUUUCUUGCUUCAGAUUGUUUUCGAUCGCUCUGAUCUGCUUGUAAAUAUUCUGCGAUCAUUUUUAUUGUGCCACUAGCUGCAGCAUGGCACACUCCGUUGCUCGCAGCCUCGCCAUACAGUCGCGUGCGCUGUGGUCUGUGUCGACCAGAUUCGCACCGAGUGUGUGCUGCUUCUCCACGACGAGCUGUCAGGACACUUGGGUAGUUAAAGUACAGCGUCCGUAUGACUUCCGAGACCCCGAUUAUCCGAAACGGCGUAAAGCCGAUCAUCUGCACAUGGUGUACGAUGUCAUUGAGAAUACCCACGAUCCUGCGCAUCCGCCGCGGAAGAUCGACGUCAUGCUCACCGGCGACGUGCCAGAGCUUGGCAGAGUGGGUGAUAUUGUAUCCGUGACCAGUGAGCAGUUUCGACGAUUUUUAUUCCCGGAGAAAAACGCGGUCUAUGCUACGCCGGAAGCGCGAGCCAAGUUUGAAGAAAGAAAGAAAGCGGCGAAAGCGGAUCCGAGUUUGGAGUCGAGUUCCCCACCGCCCGACUAGCCCAGUCCAUGCUGAAUGAUACGGUGUGCAAUGUAUUCCUCAAUCUCCACACCCCCUGGACACUGGAAAAAUGGCAUAUUCGAGCUGCACUGCGCCAAAAUGGAAUCUGGGUGCCCGACGAAGCCAUUGAACUGCCCAGCCAGGAAAUCACUGGUCCACAUCGCGAUCAGCAUGGAAAAUAUUUCAGUAUUUUCCUUACGAUCAAUAAAAAGGAGCGUGCCUGUGUGCUGUGUCGGAUUGUCUUAUUCUGCCGCGAUCCAUCCGAGAUCCUGCCGGAAUUAGAUCUGACGGCGGAGAAGCCUCUUAAUCCUGAACCGCUGUUUCCCGGUGCAGUUGUGCCGGAGAACACCCGAUCCGGCGUGCGUUGGGAUCGUUCGUUACUCAGCGACGAACCGCCUCCCUCCAAUUUCACUUAUGUGCCAUUACCUGUUGACAUCACCAGGGUUGUACGCGAAUAGCUGUGAAUGAUCAUAUUGUGCAUUGUCGUGUAUUAAAUGAGGUUUCCCACGAUGGAAAUGUUCGACAGAAAACAUUGGCUAGUUCCCUGAUUGGUAGCGGGUGUAAAAAGCUGAAAAAAA